CUAAAUAGUUCGAACAUAGUUAGAGGGAGUCCCAGGUUUUAUCAAGCCUUGGGUCGUGGCUUCUAUUCCAAACUUCAAAUUGUCAAGUAAAUCAUGAUUUCUGCAGCUUAUACUGGACACACAGCAUCUAGGAUAGGAGAUGAAUGUGCAUGUUACUGGCUAGCAGGACAGCUAGCCGUCUGCUACCCACCUAGCAGCUACUGAUGAGGUUGUCAGUACUACUCUAAGCUGAUGGCUGGGGAGGUCAAGGACUGUCUGACAGAACAUGAUUAACGAUUAGCUUGUUGUUGUUGAGAGUGGUCAUGGGUAGGAAAGACUUGAACCUAUCCUCUCAGGUGUGACGUCCAUUCAGCGCUUCUCAUUGGUCAGUUUCCGUACUCCUACCCAGGUAGCUACUCAAAACAGUCACUACUAGCCGUUAGUCCCCCUGGCUCUCUUUGUUAAAUAUUGUUAUUGUAGGUAUAUGUAUUAUAUUCAUAAUGUCAGGUGUUUACUUUUUAGCUAUAGGUUCCCUUUUGAAUAUUUUUUUCAUAGUAUCUUUAGUUUACAUUGUAGUUAAAUAUUUUUGGGAUUAAGUGCUGUGAAAUAGAAAAUAGAAAAUCCUUCUGUCUUCACCUGGGAGAUCAUGUAAUGUAGUCCAGACUCAGCCUGGUAAACGACUCCCCACCUUUCCAUCGUGAUUUGUCGCCCGUGCUGUCGUGCAGUGGAUUGGCGCGCCUUGAUAGAAGGCUGGGGGAGGUGGCCGUCGGGCUGGCUCCGCCUCCGCCCGGGGCCAGCGUGCGUUCCCAGCAGGCUGUGGUGCCGUGUUCCCCCCCCUCCCCCCCACCGCGGACCAGAGCUAACGCCCAGGGAGGUGCAGUGCGUGCAGGAGCCAUGUGCCUCCCUCAGGCCAACAACAUGGAGACCAAGCUGCAGGGGGGUGGGGCUUCACUGGGGGGCGGGGCUGCUCUGGCACCAAGAGGAGGGGUUUCCCUGGAGCCCUUUGUCCAUCAGGUAGGCGGUCACACCAGCAUGAUGCGCUACGAUGACCACACGGUGUGUAAACCGCUGAUCAGCAGAGAGCAGCGCUUCUACGAGUCCCUUCCACCCGAGAUGAAAGAGUUCACCCCCGAAUACAAAGGCGUGGUGCUGGUGUGUUUUGAAGGGGACUCUGACGGCUACAUCAACCUGGUGGCCUACCCCUACGUGGAGAGUUGUUCAGAGGGGGCGGGGGAGCACGAGGAGAGGGAGUUCCCCGAGAGGGAGCAGCCCAGGAGGAAGCAGUCCCGCCGCAGCCUCCACCGCUCCUCCUCCUCUGCCGAAUACAAGGACGAGCGGGCCGACCGGCGGGAGGUGCUGGAGAGCGACUCCACCGAGAGCCUGGCGGACCUCAAGAGCCCGAGGCUGGAGCUCCACAUCCACUCUGAAGUUCCCUUCCAGAUGCUGGACGGGAACAGCGGCCUGGGCUCAGAGAAGAUCAGCCACAACCCCUGGAGCCUGCGCUGCCACAAGCAGCAGCUCAGCCGCAUGCGCUCCCAGUCCAAGGACCGAAGGCUGUACAAGUUCCUGCUGCUGGAGAACGUGGUGCACCACUUCCUGUACCCCUGCAUCCUGGACCUGAAGAUGGGGACGCGGCAGCACGGGGACGACGCGUCAGAGGAGAAGGCUGCCCGACAGAUGAGGAAGUGUCAGCAGAGCACCUCCGCCAGCCUCGGGGUCCGGCUCUGUGGCAUGCAGGUGUACCAGGUGGAUACGGGCCACUACCUGUGUAGGAACAAGUACUACGGCCGCAGCCUGACCAUGGAGGGCUUCCGCCACGCCCUGUACCAGUACAUGCACAACGGACUGGGCCUCAGGCGCGACCUAUUUGAACCAAUCCUCAGCAAGCUGGGCAGCCUGAAGGCGGUGCUAGAGGGGCAGACGUCCUACCGCUUCUACUCCUCGUCGCUGCUCAUCAUCUACGAGGGCAAGGAAGCCGAAGGCACGGCAGUGCCCCUCACUGAGCAGCAUAAGGUUCCACAACCUCCCCCGGAUGCACAUCGUGGCCCCUGGCCCCAACCACCACCAGACUCACAGAGUGGCCCCUGGCCUCAACCUCCUCCAGACUCGCAGAGUGGCCCCUGGCCUCAACCUCCUCCAGACUCGCAGAGUGGCCCCUGGCCCCAACCUCCUACAGACACACAUAGUGGCCCCUGGCCUCAACCUCCUACAGACACACAUAGUGGCCCCUGGCCUCAACCUCCUCCAGACUCACAGAGUGGCCCCUGGCCCCAACCUCCUACAGACACACAUAGUGGCCCCUGGCCUCAACCUCCUACAGACACACAUAGUGGCCCCUGGCCUCAACCUCCUACAGACACACAUAGUGGCCCCUGGCCUCAACCUCCUCCAGACUCACAGAGUGGCCCCUGGCCCCAACCUCCUGCAGACACACACAGUCCCUCCUGGCCCCAACCUCUUCCAGAACCACACAGUAACCCCUGGCCCCAACCACCUCCAGAACCACACAUUGGCACCAAGGUUCCACCUCCGUCAGACCCAAACAGUGCUCCCUGGCCCCAACCUCCGCCAGAGCCACACAUUGGCCUCAAGGUUCAACGUCCAUCAGACCCAAACAGUGGUCCCUGGCCCCAACCUCCUCCAGAGCCACACAUUGGCACCCGGGCUCAACCUCCAGAGCACGGCCAACCGCAGAUCUCUUCCGGUCAGGGGGACAUCUCCAUGACGACAAAACCGGGGGUGGGGCCAGGGACGAGAUUACCGACAGAGGGGAUAACCUCACUGCCUCCCCCUACUCAGAUAGUCCCCCUCACAGCCUCAAACUGUAACGCCCCUCCACCCAGCCACACCUCCACUGCACCGUGCCCAGAAGCCCCUCCCCCAAGCCACCCCUUGCCCACACUGCGCCCAGAAGCCCCUCCCCCAAGCCACCCCUUGCCCACACUGCGCCCAGAAGCCCCUCCGCCCAGCCACCCGUGCUCCACACCGCACCCAGAAGCCGUUCCCACAAGCCACCCCUGCCCCGCAACGUGUCCCGAAGCCCCUCCCCCCAGCCACUCCUCCCCUGCCCCCCGCCCAGACGCCGCUGCCCCCCUGGUAGACCUGCGUAUGAUAGACUUCGCUCACUCCACCUUCAAGGGUUUCCGUGACGACACGGCGGUGCACGACGGGCCAGACCGCGGCUACGUGCUGGGACUGGAGAGUCUGGUCCACAUCCUGGAGGACCUGAGGGACAACAGCCUGGCGUAGCACACACACAUACACACAGAAACACACACACACACACACACCUUACAUAUAUGCAAACACACACACAGAAACACACACAACACACACACAUUCUCUGGGUUUUGUGUCCCCCCCCCUCGUUUUCUGUAAAUAUGGACCAUGGUCAUCGUUCUCCUUGUCGUCUCCAUGGCAACACAAACACCAUUCUGAAAACAUCAGAGAGGCUUCGGUUGCUAAGAAACGGCCACGGAAAUUUCCAGGGAGCCAACAUGGCCGACGCAGGACUGCAGGUUGAAAACCUGUGUGUUGGGUGGCCACGCCCAUGCAGACUGUCACCACUGUGACAGUGGGACAGAAGUAAGGAUCAUGGGAGAAUAAGGGGGAGGGGCUUCAAUCAGCCACAACUGCCUGGCACUUUCCACAAUGCAUUGCCUUGACCGUCUGAGCAUUAAGAGACUAAGACUGGUUGGGGCUUCCUCCAGCUGUAGCCAAUCCCAUCGUGACAAUCUGCUCAUGUGACCAGUUAGAACACAAACACAGGAACCGCCCUUCAUUAUACCUACUUCAAUAUAGAAACCGUGUUGUUGUACCACCAUAGUACUAUUGAACCAACAUGUUGAAAGCAAGAUAAUAAUGAAUAGUGAAGGAAGUAAGUUAAUAAUAAUGAAUAGUGAAGGAAGUAAUAAUAUUAAUGAAUAGGAUACUUAAAAAGGUUUAUUGUAGAAUGUAGUCGAGCGUCAGGGAUAGCUUAGUGUUAGGAUGCUUGGAGGUAUUCAGUAGAACAUGGAGACUAUCUCACUGAUACUGUAAAGCUGUAAAACAUUCUUGAGAGCUGAGAUGUAUCUUUGCUCUCGCUGUGCUCUCCAUUCUCGUUUUAAACUAGCUUUAAAAUCACUGCAGCAGAGAAAGCCCCCAGUAGUGCAUGGGGCUGGAUUCCAAGCGAACAGCUAGCUUUUAAACCCAAUGUCUGGCCUAACUGAUAGCCAACACUAGAAGCUAACAGCUAGGCUAGGUCUGGGGUUUUAAAUCUAGCAGUAAGGCCAGCCCUGUCUUGGACUAAAAAGCCACAGAAUCAUAAAAACCUGUUAACGGUUCCCUGGAUGACAAGGCAACAGAAGCUAAUGGACAUACUAACUUCUCUGGAUGACAAGGCCACUGAAGCUACCGGACAUGCUAACUGGUUUCCAGAUGACAAGGCAGCAGAAGCUAACAGACAUACUAACUUGCCACUAGAUGAAAAAGCAACAGAAGCUAACAGACAUGCUAACUGGUCUCGAGGUGAAAAUGCAACAGAAACUAACCAAUAUGCUAACUGAUCUCUGGAUGGUUGUGGAAGCUUGUGGAUGUGAUUACAAGCCUCUGGAUUAAAGGCAACAGAAAAUCACUGUCUAGCGGGGUUCUGAAAAGUUAACAUAACUGUAACGAGAGGGGUUCUGCAGAGCUAACCAUGGCUAGUGGGGUUCUGCAGGGCUAACUCUGGCUGGUGGGCUUCUACACAGCUAACUGCGGCUAGUGGGGUUCUGCAGGCAUAACAUGCUAACUAUGGCUAGAGGGGUUAUGCAGAGCCAACAGGCCAACUGUGGCUAGUGGGCUUCUGCAGAGAGGACAAGGUGUGAUUGGUCCUCUGAUCUGUGAUAGAUGUAAGAAAAAAAAUCUUAGAUAAAGUAUUAUACAAUAGUCACCCAAAAGUAUCUGUUUAUUGUUUAUUUUUGUUGCAUGGAUGAAUAUUUUUUUAAAUAUUAUAAUAUUACAUCUUUAUGACACCUUUGAAUGUGAUCUAUAAAACAUUUAUUUAAGAAA